AAUUGUCGACUUUUACAAAAGGACGGUUGUCGAUUUACAAUAAGGCCCCCCUCGGUCGAUUGCACCUCGUUUUGUUCAAGUUCGCUAAUUCUAGUGAUGUCUCGUGUUGCAUUGAGAACGACGCCUUUGAGGGUUUCCGGGUUUAAUGUUUACGUGUUCUCGUGUGCGAAGCCUUCCGUGCGACGGUUCUCGAAUUAUUUAAUUAAAUUCAAGAGAGACGCAAGCCUUCGCAGUCCUUUGAGUAAUAAACAUCAUCGAUCUACCAGUUAGAAUGCGUUGAAUUGGCUCGGGGACAUAAUUACGCGUUGAAUGCGAAAACGCAUACUUAGAUUCAUUGAAUGAAGCGGAAUGGAAAGAGAUACCAGUUGUCAUUAUUCGAGUACGCAGGACGUGCUCUAUUCAUACAUGCCGAUCAGCGUAAAUAGGCCAAACCGUUUGCACGCAAAGCACAGAGAGAGAGAGAGAGAAUUCUGAAGCGACGAGGUUUUGCCGGAAAUGCUACGACUAUAUUCAUAAGGCGAGCAUGUGCAGAAAGAAAGUUCGAAGUGACAGACAAUUCGACAACGUGGAUUACACACAAUUAACAGAAACCGAUAAUGGUUUCUUCGAUUCACAGUUUGUAAGCCCACCAGUGAAGAUCCCAUGGAAGGCUAUCACAUUAGCGGCUCUUCUGUUUGUUGGAGGAACCAUUAUGCUCAUCAUGGGAAGCUUGAUUGUAAGCGGACACAUUGAUUCGAAAUAUUCGGAUCGAAUGUGGCCGGUGAUCAUUUUAGGGGCCUUGAUGUUCAUACCAGGGGCUUAUCAUAUGAGGGUAGCCAUUUUAGCGUAUCAGAAAGUACCUGGAUAUUCUUUUGACGACAUACCUGAAUUUGAUUGAACUUUUAUGUAUAUAUGCACAUAGUACUUAUUUAUUUAAUUCAAGUUGUGCUGUAUUAUAAAAUGUAUCUAGAUAUGCGAUAUUUUUUGUUUAUAUGAGCAUGUUGAAUUGCAGGAGUGAAUUGCAGAUGAAAAAAAUUUUCCUUUUCAGUUUUACAUUGAAGUAUUUAUAUAUUUGCAGCAGUAUGAGUCCUUUUACGAAAACGUAGAGUUAGUAACAAUAACAUGAUGGUAUGACAUUUUUUUCAUAACAUUUUUAUUCAAAUGGUUGGAUGAUAUAAAAAAUGUAUUCAUAUUAGUAUAUUUUUUAUUAUUGAAAUAGUGAAACUCAUUCCUAGUAUAACGCAUGUUUAUUAGCAUUUUAUUUCCUCGCAUAACAAUUUUUUUAUAAUUGCCAUACAGAUGUUAAAAAAAAUCUAAGGUGGUUACUUGGCAAAAACUAGAAACAUAAUGAAAAUAUUCCACAAAUAAAAUUGUGUGUACUUACAAACAGCUGUGAUUGUAUAUUUAUAAUAAUAUUGAAAUAUGUAUUCACUA